AGCAUAUUUUUGCCAUAUCCCGUCACGGCCAUCGUUGCACCGUUAGGAGUGUUUAGUAGUCGCACCGUCCUGUUUGAUUUACUUCAUUCGCAACCCAACGGGACCGGGUGUGAACGCUGUUGAUACCGACGUUUUGUUGUCCGGUGUUGGUUAGUCCGUCGCUCGACCAUCGGCUUUCCCGAGCCAUAACGAAGUGGUAGGUGUACGAUUUCUUUUGGCUAUCGAUCGCGUGAUAGCGCUGAGGACAGUCGUGGCAUUGACACCCAUCUGUUUUGGGUACGAGCGCAUAAGCAAUCAGUUCACGCAACCCGCAAGGAGAAACGCGACGCAGCGUACAAAGUAGCCUCCAAAGCCCGGUCCUGCGCGAAGAAAGUCGCAACACAAAGAUGAGCGAUGAACAAAGCAAGGAUGUUGGAACCCCUGAAGUGACCGCUUCCGGCGAAACCGUCGCGACAGCCGGCAAAGGCAAAAAGAAGCAACAACUGCAGCAGGGAGCCAAGGCAAAGCCCGACGCUGACAGUGCAGAGACGGGACCGGCUGCAACGAACGGAGAAGUUUCAACAGUCAGCGGGACGGACGAACAUGCCGUCAGCGAACCGAGCUCCAAGUCCAAGCAAAAGAAGAAAAAGAAGAACAAAUCCCAAAAUGACCAAAGCAAGGAAGGACAGGUGAACGGUGAACCUGAGCCAUUGGCGAGCGAGGACGGUAACGAUGCGAGUGGCAGUAAACACACUGCCGGGCCGGGGGAAGGUGAAACUGGCGAAGAAGCGAGCGGGAGUGGCUUUACGAUGAACAACGAUGCGGUCGAUAUGCUGAUGAACGUGCGGGAUGUGCUCGAGCGGCUGAAGCUGAACUCGGGCGUGCUGAAACCGGCCAAGACGCCCGAGGAGGCGCUACAUAAAUCGUUUAAAUUCUGGUCCACUCAACCGGUGCCGCGGAUGGACGAAAAGAUUAUCACGAACGAGCCGAUCGAGGAGGACAAACAGUUGAGCGAGAUCCGCCAGGAAUCGUACGCUUUGCCGGAUGGGUUUGUGUGGGACACGAUGAACUUGGACGACCCGUUGCAGCUGAAGGAGCUGUACACGCUGCUGAACGAGAAUUACGUCGAAGAUGACGAUGCCAUGUUCCGGUUUGAUUAUCAGCCGGAAUUUUUGCAGUGGGCACUGCAACCGCCCGGAUGGAAGCGCGACUGGCACUGCGGAGUGCGCGUGGUCAAGUCGGGACGGUUAGUUGGCUUUAUCUCCGCCAUUCCCGGUUCGCUGAACGUGCAUAAGAAGGAGCAGCGCAUGGUGGAGAUCAACUUCCUGUGCGUGCACAAGAAGCUGCGAUCGAAACGGCUGGCGCCCGUGCUGAUUCGAGAGAUCACGCGCCGUGUCAAUCUGACCGGUAUCUUUCAGGCAGUCUACACGGCGGGCGUUGUGCUGCCGAAACCGGUAUCCUCUUGCCGUUACUGGCACCGUUCGUUGAACCCGAAGAAGUUGAUCGAGGUAAAGUUUUCGUACCUCUCCCGAAACAUGACGAUGCAGCGAACGAUCAAACUUUACAAACUGCCCGACCAACCGAAGACGCCCGGCUUCCGGAAGAUGGUCGAGGCGGACCUGCCAGGCAUACAUCGGUUGCUGAAAUUGUACCUCGAGCGCUUCAAUCUUACACCGGUGUUUGAUGAAACCGAAAUGCGCCACUGGUUUCUGCCCCAGAAUGGCAUCAUCGAUUGCUUCGUGGUAGAGGAUCCGGCCACCGGUACGAUUACGGAUAUGGUCAGCUACUACACGCUUCCGUCGACCGUUAUGCACCACGCAGUGCACAAGUGCGUGAAGGCCGCGUACAGCUUCUACAACGUACGUAAUCGGAUGGAGUUUGCAAUUAUCAUACUGACGCCAUACUGA